AUGGAGUUGCAGGGCCAGAGCCUCAUCUUGACUGUCAGUGUCUUGACGUCGUUGGGCUUUAUGCUCAUCGGUUAUGACAAUGGCCUAAUGGGAGGUCUUGUCAACACUACGGCUUUCAAAGACACCUUUGAUAGUCCCGAUUCUGACAUGAUCGGCGUCAUUGUCGCCAUUUACGAGAUUGGAUGUUUCUUUGGUGCUGUCUUCUCCUCUAUCUGGGGUGAGAAGCUCGGCCGUCGACGCUCUGUGUUCGUCGGUUGCGUGUUCUUGAUCAUCGGUGCCGUUCUUCAAGCCGCUUCUUAUACACGAGCUAUGAUGAUCGUUGGUCGUAUCGUCGCUGGCGUUGGCAUGGGUACUGUCAACUCUACUGUUCCUGUCAUGCAGGCCGAGUUUAGUCCUAAGUCAAGUCGUGGUAUCUUUGUCUGCGCUCAGCUUUCGACUCUCAACUUCGGUAUCUUCCUCGUUUACUGGAUCGAUUAUGCCCUAUCCUCCCAUACCGGAAGCUAUGCUUGGCGUGUUCCUGUCAUUCUUCAGUGUGUUCCUAUUCUGGCUAUCAUGGGUCUCCUGUUUGUGAUUCCAGAAACACCACGUUGGUUGGCAGCACACGACAGGCCGGAGGAGUGCCUUAAAGUCCUUGCUCGAAUCCAGGGCACUUCUACUGAUGAUCCUCAAGUUCAAGUUCUUCAUAGUGUUAUCACUCAGACUGUCGCAUAUGAGACAUCUAUUGGUGCAGGUUCCUGGAAGGAUCUUCUCAAGGAAGAUAGCAUCAAGUCUCGCAAGAGACUUCUUUUGGCUUGCUUCCUGCAGGCGGCACAACAGCUCGGAGGAAUUAACGCCAUCAUUUACUACUCAAGCACCCUCUUUGAGAAGAGUGUCGGUUUCUCUGCUCACAUGUCAGCCCUCAUGUCAGGUUUCCUCCAGACCUGGUUCUUUGUUGCCUCUUUCAUUCCUUGGGUCUUGAUUGAUCGCAUUGGACGAAGACCUCUUCUCCUAUCCAUGAUCAGUGUCAUGGCUGCCACUAUGGCUGUCCAGGCAGGUUUGAUCUACCAGGUCGAGAACAACACUUCUACAGCACACGCCGCGGGUAUUGCAGCUGCAGCUAUGUUGUUUGUCUUCCAGGGUGCCUUUACCAUUGGUUUCCAGGCCACAGUCUGGGUCUAUCCCUCUGAGAUCCUUCCUCUUCGCCUCAGACAGCGUGGUUCUUCUAUCUCUACCGCUGCUAACUGGAUCUUCAACUACAUGAUUGUUCAAAUCACUCCCAUCUCCAUUGAUAACAUUGGCUGGAGGACAUAUAUCAUCUUCGCAGUCCUGAACAGUCUCUGGGUUCCUGUCAUCUUCCUCUUCUUCCCCGAAACCAAGGGUCUCGAGUUGGAGGAUGUUGACCACCUCUUUGGUGGAGAGGACAUUAUCAGCCAGGUUGAUGAGAAGACAAAUGCUGCUGUUGUCAUGAUGGAGACUGUUGGCAACAAGACUGCUGCUUAA